AUGAGUCUUACUGAGACUAUUACCUCACUGAUCCGGCCACCCAAAAGCAACUGGCCACAUCCUCGCGCUUCAAUCGGCAAAAGGAUCUCGUUCACAGAACUACCCCGAAAGUACACCUGCUGGGAAGCAGUAGGGCCAGCCCGAGAACUUUUUGAGGCUGAGCUGGGUCCUAGUAUCGAUAAGUUUUUCGAAGGCUAUCCUACGUCGGGUGCGACUGUUUAUAUCUCGAUUUGUAUGAUCGGGAAAACCGAAGACACGGCCGCCCCGAAAGUGAUUUUUAGUAGUACUGACGCGACCGUUCGAAAAUGUUUGAGGAAGCAUGCAGAACAAAGCUCCAUCAUGGCCUCUGACCACCUUCGUGGAAUCAAGCUGGGGGACAGCUCUGAGCGCCCUGGAACUCAACUUAAAUACUAUGCUAGUCGGGAGAAAGGAGAAUGGCAGCCUCAAGACAGGGCUACCAGCCCAGAGUCAAGCCACUGCUCUUAUAACGUGGGGGAAGCUCCCUUCGGGCAUCAGACAGGCACGAUGAGCCCUCAAGCAUCGGGGGUGACGAGCUCAGAUGCCGCUGGACCGUCGUCAUUACCACCAGUGCUGCCUGGCGGAUGUACGAAUCCAUCGGAGUACCUUAAGACGGUAAUUUCAACAAUGCCACCCAUCGAACCCGAUAAUCGGCUUCUAGGGUACAGAGACGUCAAUCCGUUUAUGGCGUCUGAAUCUGAGGGAGAGGAAACUGUAGAACAGCCUCAGUCCAUGGAAUUUGAUUUACAGGGGAUUGGCGAAGAGCCAGUCAUUAAUACGGAGCAACUCGAACUAAACUUCAGAACCUAUGAUACCCAAUUUGCCUCUGAUGAACAAACUCUGUUCGGAGAGGAAGGAGAGAAUCAUCUCCAGAGUCAGGAUGUUAGUGGCGAAGCAGUCUUUGCAACAAAGCGCAAAAUUGGUCCGGGGGAUCGUCUUCUUGUCAGAGGCCUCGGAAACAAUAUCAAUCAAUUUACUAAGGUUACCGCUGGACCGCUUUUAUUCUGCCAAGGAAGGGAGUAUGUUCUAACCGUUGGCCAUGCGUUCCAAGGUGGUGAAUUCAGUUUGGGAGACGACGAUGCUCUGCAGCCCGCCUGUAGCAUUGAUGGGCUAAGUGACGACGAUAUGGAGAGCGAUGAAGAUAUGGAACAAGAACUAUUCAGAAACGCAAGUUUUACGUCUGAAGAAGGAGAAAUCGCGAGCCCUUUGUCAUCAACAGAGUGGGAGAGAGACUCUUCGAGCGCAUGCACCAACCAAGACCGCAAUAAUGAUACAAUUCAAGAUCACGCGCCUCAUGCACAAGACUCCAGACAACACGAAGGCAGUAAGGGGCUAGAGUCAUUAGAUGGAGCCUUAUUAGCGCAACCAAUUGGUAAAGUACGACUAAGCUCUAAGGGGUCCAGCCUGGACUACGCAUUGAUUGAUGUGACAGGCCAAACGUCACGGUACGCAAAUGUGGUGGGCGUGUCUACUAUUGUUCCAUCUGGUCGACUUAUUUUGAAGGUCAGGGAUACCCAGUGGUGCCACCCAGUUACUAUUUACGCCCUAACUGCUUCUUCUGGCCCUAUCAGAGGAGUCUUACAACCAAAUUUCACUUAUAUUCGACUGCCAAAUAGCGAUCGAUUCGAAAAGAUGUAUGAAGUCGACUUACAAGGAGUUCUUGUUACAGGGGACAGCGGCUCCGCUGUUGUUGAUGCUAACGCCGGAUGGGUAUAUGGAAUCAUCAUUGGUGGCACACCAGGCACAGGAAAGGGCUUCCUAAUCUCGGCGGCCGAAAUUAUAAAGCAUAUGGAGUCUCGGCUCGGUUCUAAUUUGUCACUAUCUAAACCCAUCGCGUUUGGAGAUCUAUAUAUGAGCAUGAAUAUGGAUCCCGCCGUUCAUAGAAUUACUGGCAGACCAAGGAGUUUCGUCUCUGACUCCCCAUCGCAGGAAGAGUCCGUAUUCUCGGAGCAAUCGGCUGCAUGGACGACCUCUACAGCAUCAACACAGUAUUCUACCACUUCUGUUACUAACACCAGGGAUAGCAAGGCUUUUAAUGAAAUCGGGCCAUACACCUUCUUCCCACCCGAGCGGAAACCGUGGAGUCCUCAAGGCCUUCAAAGGCCCCUGGCAACCUCACGUCCUCGACCGCACGAACCCGCGCAAGGAUAUACAAGGAGCGACAGACAGCCUUUGGCCCAUACGGCAGAUCCGGCGCACUAUUCAAUGAACUCAAGGUAG